GUUGGCCAAUUGUGUGUUGUGCAGUCAUUUUUCAUAACAAUUUCAAAAGCAGUUUCAAAAGUAGGCAACUGGAUUCACCUCAAGGAAAUUGAAGAUGUUUCUCAGAUCCAAGAGAUUUCAUCAGUUCUACUGUUUUCAGAAACCCAUCCUGCUGCCUGGCCACGAACGGUCCACCACUCAGAUCAAGUACAACGGAGAAGGAGACCUUCAGUUUUCCGUCGUCAAAGAGGUGGCCAACGUGUGGUACUCUGUCAACGGCGAACGACUCGUUACCUACAACGGACACGUGGUAACAGUGCAGUGCGUCGACUGUGACUGGGACACCCAAAAAUGUCUUGACAGGAUCAGCUGACGACAGCCGUCGACCGUGGGACUGCGAGAUCA